CCAACAGUGAUGACGUCAAGAGAAACGCUGCGCGGAAAGAACCAAAUGACCGAGAGCUCGCUGAUCUGAAAUGGCUCAAGUCGUUCCUUGCCUUGUACGAUUAGGCGAAAAUCAUAAAAAAUAUCGACAUCUGCCACUGACCCAAGACAAGGUCAAGAUUGGACGUGCACCAGACACAACAUACUGUAUAUUGUCAACCUGGAUAUCGCGAUACCAUGCAACUAUUGAAAAGCAAGAAGAUGGGUCGUGGAUUCUAACAGACAAUAAGAGUCUGAAUGGGAUUGCAAUAAAUGGGACUCAGUUGGAACCGCUCACCCCUUACACCUUAAAAGAAGGAGAUGUGGUCCAGUUUGGGGUCCCCAGAUCUUCAGGCUUGGAGCCAGAGUUUGUGUACAAAUAUUUUUCUUCAAUGAAAAUAAGAAUAGAAUCCAAGAAAAGAUCAUUGUCUUCAGAUCAGGGUGCUGAGCCCAAGCGGUUCUGUGAAGAUUCACCUACAAGCGUCAUAAGUUUACAAAGUUCAGAAGAAGAGAAGAAGAAAACUGGAGAUAAACUGCUCUUGGAAAUGUACGAAGAUCAGGUCCGUGCCCUUACUAGAAAGCUGGAGGAAAAAGAAGAAGAAAAGACAGCUGUGGAGCAACAGCUAGAAACAGAGAGGAAACAGCGAGUAGCAAUUGAGCAGAUGCACAAAGAGCAAGAAGAAAGAGUCCGCGAACUCAAUGCCAAGAAGAGACAAUUGGAAGAAGAAAGGGCACGUAUUGAAGAGCAAAUGCAACAAGAAUUACAAACCAGACUUGAAGAACAAGAGAAACAGCUUCAGGCGCAAAUGAAAAUGCAGCUGCUUGCACUGGCCACCGAGAAGCAGGAGGUGGAGAAACGGUUGCAGCAAGAAAUGGAGAAGGCAGUUCAGGAGAAGGACCGUGAGUUACAAGAGAAGCUUCAAGAAGAAAGAGAUCGAUUGCAGAGGGUUAUAGAAUUAAAGGAGUUGCAGCAGAAAGCACUUGAGAAUCAGCUUCUUUUGAGUCACAAAGAAAAUGAGAAUGCUGUAAAAGAAAAGCUCAGAGAAAAAGAAUCCAUUUUAUCAGAAUUUGCCAAUACCAUGGAAACAGAAUUACAGUGUGUGAUCUGCAGUGAGCUUUUUGUUCAGGCUACAUCUCUCAACUGCUCACACGCUUUUUGUGCAGUUUGCAUUAAGCAGUGGCUGGCUGUGAAAAAUGAAUGUCCCAGCUGUCGAACUCCAGUGACAUCAAGUGUUCGGUCUAUUGUCCUUGACAAUUACAUUGAUUGUAUGGUGGAUCAGCUCAGCUUGGAACUCAAAGAGCGACGUCUGCAGCUGGUGGAAGAACGUCUUGAAAUCCUAGCCAAGAUGCAGGAUGUAGAAAGGAAGACCAUUGCUGGAUCCUCAGGAAAUAGAAGGGGAAGGACUAGAGGACAAAGGGGCAGGAUGCGGGGCAGGUCACGAGGCAGAGGACAGCAGCGAAGGGAGCAAAGGGCCUCUGUAGCGGUAUCAGCUUCUUUCAUAGCAGCCACAGCAGCUGUCACAGCACAUGAAGCACCUGCAGCCGAGCACCAAGAAACAGCUGCACCUCAUUCAAGCAUCAUCCUAGUUAGUGAUGAGUCUGAAGAGUCAGAUUACGAGGAAACAGAGUUUUUUAAUGAAGAAGAACUUGAUGUCAUGGUUACCUCGAGUGAUGACGAGGAAAGUGAAGAUUCAGAUAUUUCUGAAUGGUGAUAACUUUGUUGGAGAGCAUGGUGCUUACUACAGUCGACCUGGUCGAUGUUUCAAAUGUGGUUGCAGAGGACACUGGGCCAGUUUAUGCCCUUUCUGACCAACAAUGCCAGUAUUUUUCUUUCUUUUUGUUUUUUUUCUUAGGUGGGUGGGGGGCCUUAGACUGAAUUUCAUUUGGGAUGUGCUCAUGGCCAAUUACUUUUCUUAAAUUACCUUUCCUAUUUCUAAAUGAGAUUUUUUUCUCCUCUAAAAAUAAAGCCUUGUUUUCUACAUCGUGAGGUAUACAUUUUGAAAAAACACAAAACUGAAUAGGAAGAGCACAUCUCCAUUUUUCUGUUUUUUUUUAUUAUUGUGAUGGAUAAAUACAAGUAUUCAGACUGCUGUAGCAUGCUCUGUAUUUUCACAUGUCUGUCCCAGGAAUGCUAUAUCACCAAAUAUAAUAGCAUGCACAUAGAUAUGUGUCAGGAAAUGGGGAGCUCCUGUAUCACUGCUCUUUUUUUUUAAACUAAAGCAUUGAUAAGAAGCAAAAGCUAGAAUAAAUCAAGGUAAUACCAGUGAAGCUUUAUAUGCUCUUACUACAUGUGUUACCAAAGCACUGUACUAUUUAAAUUCUGCAAAUUACGUAAAAGUUAGGAAGUUCUAGGUGUUAACAUUCCUAAUUAUAUUUGAGUUUAUGAAAUAAAAAGUGUGCAAAAUGGAUUCUUCACUAUCCUUUUAUAAGAUAAUUUAUUUAAUGAAUGUAUUCAUAAAAAGGGAUAUUUUUUCCCAAGUUUCUUUAUAAAUACAAAUAUACAAAAUUCAAAUAACUACAUAUACUUUAAACAAGAAUAAUGGGUGAAUCACAAAUCUUAUACCUUCACCAGACAAUGAUCAGAAACUGUCCAUGUGUAGAAGUGUAAAUUUAUGCAUUUGCAUGCCAGCUGGCUGUUUGAUUCUCAGGAACUGCACAGCUCAGCUUGACAAAGAUAAUGUAAGGUUUUCUUUCUCAUGAUUAAUGUAUAAUAAUAUCUAUUACCAUCCUUUGUAACAGUUUUGGAGUAUGGCUACAGGCUAUAUAAAAGCUUACUGGAAAAUACACGUCAUAGGAAAAAUGAAAGAGCGCAUUUUCUUCAAAGAUUCUUUUGUUUUGAGUUUGGCAAUGAAAUUUCUGUAAAUUUCAUAUUUUAUUAUAGUGGUUUGAUAUUCUGCGACUUUUGAAUGUGGAUAUGAGACCAAGGCUAUGCCUAUGCUGGGUGAUGCAAUAAAAAAGUAUUUCAAAGAGUUCUGUGUAGUUAUGAAAGAUUUAUUUUAAAUACACUUCAAUUGAACAAAUAUAGAUUUUUCACUAAAUACUGUUUAUAUUUUAGAUCACACACACUUGUAUAUGGUUCUCAGCUAAUCAAGCCAGAGUGUUUUCUUUUGAACCUUGUAAUUUUCCUAGAUAUUUUAGCUAAUUACUCAAGUUUAAAACUACUGUGUAUAAACAUUGUGAAUGUCAUGAGUUACAAACAGCAUGCCAACAAUCAAAAGGUAGCAACAUCCUCUAACAAAACAUUAAGUAUUUUGAGUACAGACGAUUGUCAGAGCUUUGGUGUUCAAGUCUCUGUUUAUUAUCCAGUUAACGAAGUAUCAUUCAAAAGGCACGAACUUCACUUUUAAGUGGCAUGUGGCCAUGUACUGUGGACUUUCAUCAGCUGUUUAUGUCUAAAGGCUCAGUGUGUGCUGUGAUUAUGCACCUUGGAAUACUAAAUGUGCGGUUCAAAUGCAGAUACUAUGCAACCUUUGUCACCAUCAUAUUUAAAUCAGGUGCUGUACUUGAAUGCAUUGGCGUAAAAAGCAAGUCUAGAGUUAUCAUGGAUAAAACAAACAUAGUAGUAUUUAAAAAUGAUGGCUUUAUCAAAGAUUGUGAAAAAUGGUACCAUUAAAAAAUUCUCUUAUUAUAUAUCUAAUAUACAUAUAUCCUCCACGAAUAUCGGAAUCUUAGAUACCUCCUCUAGGGGACAGACGUUAGAACACAGCCUCUUUUUUCUGUUUUGCAAGCUCUUAGGUUAGCAAUUUUCUCCAUGUAAGGUUAGUGGCUCCUAGCUGUUUACUAGGGCCAAAUACUACGGCUAUUGACAAUUUAUAAAAAGAAAUUACUAAUACAAAUCUAUAAAAAUACUCUUCUGUGACAGAGUUAAUUCAAAGUAUUGGAAAGGAUGUUAAAUGACAUUAGGUGAAUGUGUUAGAUUCCUUGUUUAUAAGGAUUAUUAAAUACUAGUGCAUAUUAUUAACAUUACCUGACCGCAGAUUCGCAAAGCAGUGUUUUAAGAUGCUGUAUUUGUAAGAUAAGGCUGACAGAUUUAACUAGGCCUCUCAGGUUAGAAUUGUACUAUGUAGUCAUAUUUUUGGAUAUAUUUGGAAAAUCCAGAUGAUUGGCAAUUUUCCUGUUUAUAGGUAGAAUGAAAAAGAUUUAUGGAUUGUUUCCAUCAAAAAUGGUAUGAUUCAGUUUUAUCUCUUCCUAAAUAUUAGGAUUAUCAUCCUUAUUUAAUUAGAGCACUAGAUAUAAACCAGGUGUUAUGACAUAACACUGAUGUGCUUGUGUCCUUGAAGAUGUAACUGUUAAGCCCUUAAUGGAAUCACUCAUUUUAACCAACACAGAAUGUGAGUAUUGUGAUUAUUGAAGUGUGGAAGACCUGUACCUCUUUCUGUCAAUAUGUCCUAAAUAUUUAGCUGUAUGUAACAGAUGUAUUUCACUUUUCUACCAAAGCUUCCUACCCUUUUAAGAUUCAUCUGUAUAGGAACCUGAAGGUUUAUGUAGCCAUUAAAGUUGACCUAUAUAUAACAAAAUGCUUUAGAAUAAGAACUCUACAACUAUGUACUCUAAAUAAGAUUAUGCAGCGUUGAGUGUCAAUAUCUUGUUUUGUUACACUGUAGACCCUUGAUACAAAAGAAGCGAUGCUUACGUACAGCGAUCAAUUAUUAAUAUACAUGUAACCAGCAGUAUUUGAUGUUGAUAUGGGCCAGAUGGCCUUCCAAAAUAUGAAUUUGUUAUUAGUAUUAUAUUAUUACACUUAUAUAUACAAUCAUAAUGCCCGUAAAAAGAAAAAAAGUCACAUUCAAAGUUUUUCAAUGUUCUUAAACAUUUUAAUGUUUGUACAGUACAUCUGAAGGUUUCUGACAACAAAACUUAUUAAUUUGUAAAUUAUAUCUAUUUUAAUGCAUAAAUAACAAACUGGAAAGACAUCCUGGUCAGAAUAAAACUGAAAUUAGUUCUUGCCAUUUCUGUCAAGGAGAAAGAGAAAUCAAGCAUUUAAAAAUCAAGAAAUAUUUUUUUUACUCUUGCUACACAGUUUGCAUUUGCAGAUGUGAACGUCUUCAUAAUUACAUGUAUAGCUCAAUUGCAUCGUCAUCCAUAUUGAAUGAGUUAUUUAGUAUCUAAUCCAGGGGUGGGCUUAGUUUUCUUUUUUUUGCCUGUCUCAAAAUUCUAAGCUAUGCGGUGGGCUGGUAAAAUACGAAAAAGCCAGUCCAGGUGACAACACAACAAACCUAGUGAUAACAGAAUGGACAACAAACGAGUACAUAAUGAUGUUGACUUAAUGAAUCUAUUGUUAAGUGAAGCUCACAAUAAAACUUUAAAACCAGCUUUUGCUUUGAAGGCAGCUGCUCCCAAUAUUCUCUAAUGACUACAUCAAACAUGUCAGCUGUGUUGUUAUCUUUGUACUUUGUGCUAAAAUGUCACGGACUGCCGAUUUCUAAUGUUGUUGUACUUGAUAAAUUAAAUUUCCAUCAAAUUAACCUAGGAUGAAUAAAAAAAUGAAAACAAGUGCACUUCAUAUUUUUGCUAAUGGGCCAGGCCAAAGACGUCCACUGGCCGCAUCUGGCCUGUGGGCCAUAGUUUGCACACUCCUGGUCAAGUGUCUGUUACUUUAGUUGUAAAGAACAAGAAGCAGAAUGCUUCAAGUAAACACAGUGAUUUUGAAUAAAGUUACAGUCACCAAAUACAUUCAA